CGAAAAUCUUGAGUUGGGAUUAUAAAAUGUUGACCAUAACAAAAGAGAAUUAGAUGAGUCCUCAAAAGAAUUUUGGCUCGCUUUUACUCUCCCAUUCCCAGUCCCCAACUAAAACCUCCCUCUUAAUUCUGGCUGAAUUCUUCACAUUUAAAGACAAACAAGAAGCAAAACCAUCAAGAUUUUCUAUGUCGAAUUCAACUGGCACUCUAAAAGUUAUGGUAGUCCAAGGGAGGACGUUGGUUGUUAGAGAUUUCAAAACCAGUGAUCCAUAUGUGAAAUUGAAGCUUGGCUCUCAGACUGCAAAAACAAAAGUUAUCAACAGCUGCCUAAACCCAGUCUGGAAUGAAGAGCUGACAUUCUCCCUGACAGAACCUGUUGGAACCUUGAAUUUGGAAGUUUUUGACAAAGACCGGUUCAAAUCAGAUGACAAGAUGGGAUAUGCUUUUGUGAAUAUCCAACCACUCGAAUCAGCGGCCAGACUAAAGCAGGUCCUGAAAGUAUCUUCUGGAGAAACAACUUUGAGAAAGGUGAUUCCAAACUCCGAUAAUUGUCUGGUUAGAGAUAGCUGUAUAAAAUGCGUAAAUGGGGAGAUUGUCCAGGACGUAUGGUUGAGGCUUCGAGAUGUUAAAACCGGAGAAAUUGAAUUGAAACUCAAGUACGAAAUAUCUAAUCCAGGCUCUCUACCCAGCUAGAACUCUCAAGUCUCGAUAUAGACUGUCGCUAAUUAGUUUUCAUGAUGACCGAACACACAUCUCAUCAUCUUUUUUUUGUUAUAUCAACUGGGCCGAGGAUUUGUUAGGAAUAUUGUUCGGUGAUUAGUCAUCGAGAAUUCGAACACUACUAUCGUAGAGUAUACAGACAGGCUGUAGUCGUAGAUCUGUAGUGGGUUGUGAUUGUAAUCUAGGUGGAUGAUUGAAGUGUACAUUAGUGUGUGUAUAAUGACUUGGUAUAAAUUUCAGCUAAAUUUUCUGUUAAUGUUAUCUCAGAACUCAAGUCAUGAUCUGCUCCUUUUGUAGCUUUACACAAUCAUUAUUAGAUUCCAUGGAAAAUAUAUGUAUACAAAACUAGCGGUUUCAAUGUACUCACGUGCGUGCCAAUGUGGGCGGCUAGGCUCCCCAACGCUGGCAAACUUUAUCGGGUAUUGGGAUACUUGAUCAGAUAUAAGGUUGAGUAUCGGGUCCUAAUACAUUUUAGGAGGUAUAGUCUUUUCUUUUGACCUCCUUUUAUGAAUGGUUUUUCCUUCUGGAUUUUAUUAUGUUUUUUUCGGUUGAAAAAACGGUAAACACAUGUGCCUACUUUGUAUUUGAAAUUAUUCGUGGUUUGAGUAAAGGUUUGAACUUUAUG